AUGGCAGACGAAGAAUACGACGCUGAGCACGCCGCUGAGCUCAAGAGAAAGAGAGCCUUCCGCAAGUUCUCUUACCGAGGAAUUGACCUCGAGCAACUCCUCGACCUCACCUCCGAGCAACUUCGCGAUGUCGUCCACGCUCGUGCCCGCAGAAGGUUCAACCGCGGUCUUAAGCGUCGCCCAAUGGGUUUGAUCAAGAAGCUCCGAAAGGCCAAGCAGGAGGCCAAGCCCAAUGAGAAGCCCGACAUUGUCAAGACCCACCUCCGUAACAUGAUUGUUGUCCCAGAAAUGAUUGGCAGCGUCAUUGGUAUCUACUCUGGAAAGGUCUUCAACCAGGUUGAAAUCAAGGCUGAGAUGGUUGGACACUACCUCGGAGAAUUCUCUAUCUCUUACUCGCCUGUCAAGCACGGUCGUCCCGGUAUCGGUGCUACCCACUCUUCCCGUUUCAUUCCUCUCAAGUAA